AUGGGCGACUUGGAACCUUCAUCUUCGCAGACGGAGGCUCUUCGAGCCCAGUACUGUCCUCCGCUAGACGAUGCACUUUUCUACGCGAUCGUGUCCGAUCAUCAGCUGCCCCAGGAUAGAGCAACCUUGACGUCGGUUCUCGAUAGGCUGAAGGCCACUGCCAUAGAACAGGAGGACGCGGAAUUUGAUCCUUCAGGUACAGGAGCUCCUGUGCACCUCAGAGAAGCAACCGACACGUCUAGGUCGUGCCCCGAAGAUGUCUUUUCAAACGAUGUGACGAGCAUAACCACUGGUCUCUCGGAUUUCAAAUGGGACGAGUCUGACAGCCUGGAACACGAUCUCGACAACUCGUCGAUCGAGAAGAAGACGGCGUGGCUGCAGCAUGUGUUUCCGGACAUACCCAAGCGUGAGCUGGCCAGCGUCCUUGAGAGUCACGGAGGAUCCCUUGACAAAGCCGUUGACGACCUUCUCAACCUCUCGUUCCUUAAUCAGGGCCUCGAGGAAGGGCCAGAAGAGGUGCCUGUAUUGAAGGGUGUAGAUGGUUUUGCAGAAGAUGUGCUGCCUCAGCGGAAAGGAAGAAAGAAACGGAAACCUCGGACCAACGAAUCUUCGCGUGCGAGCUCAGCUUCUUCGUCGCCUUACGAAUCGGAAUGCGUUUCCACAAACGUGUGGGCUACCAUGUCUGAAGAUGUCGGCUUUAUUUGCUCAAGGACCAAGCUCCAACCCCAAGUAGUGCGGUCGAUAUAUCAUUCUAAUGGUGCGCGACUCGCGUCUACAAUUCGGGCUCUGGCAAUCACGGAGGGGAUGGCAUAUACUCAGCUGUCAGAUGUCGAUCCCAUCCUCGAUCUUCAGAUUGCCGAAUUCCAGAGCCAAUUUGAACAUGUACCAAAGUCACAAAUGUACGGUCUACUGAGUUUAGCCCGUAAUAUACCGUCUGCGGCUCAGGAGUUGUUGCAGGCCAUGUCAGUAUUCGAGAACGCACAAAACCCCGGGAAGCUGCACGAUGCAGCUCAGUACGCCCCUCUCGACCUCACGGAAAAUAGAGCUCCCGACAGAACUUCGACCGCGACGUCAGCAAUGGCGAAACCGCCGUAUCAAGCUUCUGCGGCCAGCUUUCGGAUAGCAGCAAGUCAAAGUUUCGAUCAAGCGGGUGCUGCGUACAAACGAAGUAAAUCCGAUCGGCUCUAUGGAGGAGUUGCAGCGCAUUACUCAGAGAUUGGACGAGAACGCAUCAGAGCUGCGAAAGAGGCCAAAGCCGCAGAAGCAGACCUGCUCGUAGCUGAACAGUCUUCCCCAACCGUUCUCGACCUUCAUGGUGUGACGGUCCAAGAUGCGGUCCGAAUCGGCAGCAUGAAAACCCAGAGCUGGUGGGAUGGCUUGGGCGAUGCCAAAUAUGCUUCUGGCGGCGGCGGACCAGCUAGAGUCGGCUUCAAAAUAGUGACCGGAGUGGGCACUCACAGCAAGAAUCACGCGCCGCGGAUAGGGCCAGCGGUGAGCAAGAUGCUCAUGAGGGAGGGAUGGAAAGUCGAGAUCGGACACGGUGAGUUGCUGGUGACGGGUAAGAGCCGUCGAUGA